GGUAACUUUCCAGGCUCGGAAAAUGGAGUCAAUGGGAGGGUGAGGUGUGAAUGGAGAGGCGAGUUUUAAGUUUUAACCACCAUGGAUGAAGAAUCGCCGUUAUAAUUCCCACCCCACCCCUGCCCCUGCGGGAGGAGACGCCUUCGAGUUCCCCUACUGACACCGGGCGCGGGCCGAGAGGGUCCUCCUUCGGUCACGAGUCGUAAUCCAUCAACCUCUUCCGAUCCAAAUUCAAAGCGCAUCCUCAAAGAUAACCAUACCAACUCUCUCUCUCUCUCUCUCUUUACUGGGUUUUGAUUGUGACCUCAAAUUGGGGAGAGUUUGCCUGAGACUACGCAUUGGAAGCUGAAGAGGGCUAUUAUUCUGCCCUUUUCUUUUGUGGGUCUGAGCGGUAUCGGCUGCGAAGCUAUUCGUUUGCAAAUUCUGCAAUGCUCGCGAUUGGGUUGUUUUCAGGAUCCAGCCAGUAAAAGUCUAGAAAGGUUACCGAUGGUUGAGGGAAUCGAUCCACUGAAUCCCUUCAAAUCUAGACAUCUGCAAUUUAUUCGAAGGACGGUUCAGAUUAUUCAGAUGACCGGGAGAUAUAUCUAUGACACUGGCAAAUGAAGAUGUAUAGCAUGGGUUGAAACAAAAAUUCGAGUACAUUCAAGAAGAAAGGCCUCCAACAGGUCCAAAUCAAGUAUACGAGAUAAAGGACUUACAGACAGAAAAGACCAGGUUCUGCAGAGAUCUGAUGGAUUCUGGUUGUGUAUAGAUUGCAAUUUCUGGGGAGAGAGAGAGGAAUAGAAAAUGAGGAUGAGGAACAAACAAAGAAAAACAACAAUUUUAGGUUGGAAUGCAGGGAGCAGAUGUUCAAUGCCCACUCUGAUAUGGAGUUUGGUGGGAUUCCUCCUUUUGCUUCAUUUUUAUUCCACUCUCCAUAAAACUGACAAAGUGGAGGAGACACAGUUGCAAAUGAGUCACCCUAGUUUUCAAGAACUGCAGGUGGUUGAGGAGGAAAAUAUCCAAAUUCCUCCACCUCGUGGAAGGCGUUCUCCUCGCGCAGCAAAACGGAGACCUAAAAAGAAAACCACCUUGAUUGAUGAGUUUCUUGACGAGAAUUCCCCAAUCAGGCAUGUUUUUUUUCCUGAUCAUCGAAGUGCCGUAGAUCCAACCAAGGACACAGGCAAUGAUAGCUCUUACUACUUUCCGGGGAGGAUGUGGUUGGACACUGAAGGAAAUCCCAUUCAGGCCCAUGGAGGUGGUAUUAUGUAUGAUCCGCGUUCGAGGAUGUAUUAUUGGUAUGGAGAAUAUAAAGAUGGUCCCACUUUCAUUGCCCCAAAGGGAAUAGCACGAGUUGACAUCAUAGGAGUCAGCUGUUACUCUUCGAAAAAUUUGUGGACUUGGAGAAAUGAAGGAAUAGUCUUAGCAGCCGAAGAAGCAAAUGAAACGCAUGAUCUCCAUAAGUCGAACGUUCUAGAGAGGCCAAAAGUGAUUUACAAUGAAAAGACUGGAAAGUAUGUCAUGUGGAUGCACAUCGAUGAUGCCAACUAUACCAAAGCGGCAGUUGGUGUUGCCAUCAGUGAUUAUCCCACUGGUCCCUUCGAUUAUGUCUUCAGUAAGCGGCCCCAUGGGUUCGAAAGCCGAGACAUGACAAUCUUCAAAGAUGAUGAUGGCAUGGCUUACCUUGUUUAUUCUUCUGAGGACAACAGUGAACUUCAUAUUGGUCCCCUAACAGAGGACUAUCUCGAUGUUACUCCUGUCAUGAAGAAAAUUCUUGUGGGUCAACACAGGGAAGCUCCAGCUUUGUUCAAGCAUGAUGAGACUUACUACAUGAUUACAUCCGGGUGCACCGGCUGGGCCCCAAAUGAGGCAUUGGCCCAUGCGGCAGAGUCAAUCAUGGGGCCUUGGGAGACAGUGGGCAAUCCGUGUAUCGGUGGAAGCAAAAUGUUUAAGCUGACUACCUUUUUUGCGCAGGGUACGUUUGUCCUCCCAUUAGCAGGGCUCCCCGCUUCAUUUAUUUUUAUGGCUGAUAGAUGGAACCCAGCUGAUUUGAGGGACUCCCGGUAUGUCUGGUUGCCUCUGAUAGUUGGAGGCCCUGCUGAUUGGCCACUUGAAUACAAUUUCGGGUUUCCAGCAUGGUCGAGAGUGUCAAUUUAUUGGCAUAGGAAGUGGAGACUUCCCAGCGGAUGGAGUGAUAUAAAACGAUGAGGUUCUUUUUUUUUGGGGGGUUAAAUACUAGUUGUAUCACAUACGAGGCCUUUUGAUUUAGGUUCACUCUCUGGGUUUGAUUUCUUGAAUGAUUUGAUGAUCUCUGGUGUGCCUGCGGCAUGGUCGUUUCAAGCCAAAUAUGCAGAUGCUGAAGAAUAUCAGCUGAGGACUGUCGUAGAGCUCACUCAUUUAUUUGUAUAGGUAGUGUUAAUAGUAGUUGAGCAUGCCUGUCCAGUACCUUAUGCUAAGAUUCGCCUCGGUAUUGCCUUAAUCUUCAUCUUUCUGCUGGAUACCCAAUCACAUCUGCAUUCCUGACCAUAUUGAUCUGAGAAAGAUAUGGUCGGAGCCGAAUAUUUUGGCCUUUGAGGUGAGGGCUUUUCAGAGGCUUUUAGACACCACGAGACUUUGAAGAUUCAAGGAGGAGUGUCGGCAUUCUACGGAUCUCCCUUUUGAGAAUUAAGAAUUCUCACCAGCGGUUCUAUAGCGACAAGCUUAUUGCAGUCAAGGUACAAUACCAGCAUUCGUGGCACUGUUGUCUUCGAAGAGCAGCCUUGAUUUUGUCAUUUUGGACUGGGCUACUUUGUAACGGAAAAUCAUAGGGAGUGCUGUACUAUCGACACUGUGAACUAGUGGUUCGGUCACUUUGCUUCAAGCAAUUGUUCGUUCACUGUGGGUCUCCUUGGUCUGGUUCCCAAUUUGCACGGGAAGUGAGAAAAGCCUUUCUAGAUUUGUACCAUGUUUUCGCUUUUUACCGACAAAACCUUCCAUGUUGAAAGACGUGCAUUUCUUUGGAAAGGAGAGUAUUUAUGUCAGCCAUAUUUGCUA